AUGGUGGAUUAUUACGAAGUUCUGGGAGUGCAGAGAUACGCUUCACCUGAGGACAUUAAGAAAGCUUAUCAUAAAGUGGCACUAAAAUGGCACCCUGAUAAAAAUCCAGAAAAUAAAAAAGAAGCAGAGCAAAAAUUCAAAGAAGUAGCCAAGGCAUAUGAGGUAUUAUCAAAUGAUGAAAAACGGGACAUUUAUGAUAAAUAUGGUAAAGAAGGACUAAAUGAUGGAGGUAAAAGUCAUUUUGAUGAUGAAUGUGAGUAUGGCUUCAGGUUCCGUAAGCCAGAUGAUGUCUUUAAAAAAUGUUUUGGUGAGUGGGACCCAUUUUCAUUUCACUUCUUUGAAGAUUCACUUGAGGACCUUUUAGAUAGUCUGAGAAGCUCCUAUGGAAGCAGAAGCAGAGGUGCAGGAUCCUUUUUCUCUACUUUCAGUGAAUAUCCAAUUUUUGAAAGAUUUUCUUCAUAUGAUACAAGAUAUACAUCAGAUGGUUCACUGGGGCAUGAGGGCCCUCCUUCAUUGUCUUCCCUGGCAUUUGCUGAUAGUGGGAUAGGCAACUAUGUAUCUGUUACAACUUCAGGCAAAAUUGAGAAUGAUCAAGAAGAAGUUGAAGAUGAUGGAGAGCUGAAAUCCUUCUUUGUAAAUGGUGUGGCAGACGAAGAGAGCUUUGCAGAAGAAUGCAGCUGGAGAAGACAGUCAUUCUACAAUUAUUCACCAAAUUCCUACAGCCCGAAACAUGUCUUUCAAUGUAAUCUUGUAGACAAUAAUAAGCAAGGUAUACCUUGGGUCACCAGCAACUGGGAUCCCUCUAUUUUCUCAGGAGGACUCAAAGAUGGUGGUAAGAAGAAAAAAAAGAAGCAUAAAGAGGUGCAGAAGAAGAGGUCAACCAAAAGGAAUUGUUAA